AUGUGGCUCAACAAGCUGGUGUCUGUGAUACGCAGAGACACAAAGUCAAAGUUUUUCGUUUUCGUUUUUGGUGAAGGCGUGUCUCUUUCCACACGGUCCCUGGGCGGAUGGGCGCUCCCCGUGAGCGCUGGUGCUGAUGCAGACAGACAGAAGCAUCCUACCGGACAUAAACCACAGGACGUGUUUGAAAGUUUUGCAUUUGACUAUAGGGACAGUGUCACUACUGGUAGCAUGAGGCGAUACCUGAGCCCUACAGAAGUUGCACAGGCAGUCCAACUCCUCCAGGAUGGCACAUCAAUACGUACCAUUGCCAGAAGGUUUGCUGUGUCUCCCAGCACAGUGUCAAGAGCAUGGAGGAGAUUCCAGGAGACACGCAGUUACUCUAGGAGAGCUGGACAGGGCCGUAGAAGGUCCUUAACCCAUCAGCAGGACCGGUAUCUGCUCCUUUGUGCAAGGAGGAACAGGAUGAGCACUGCCAGAGCCCUACAAAAUGACCUCCAGCAGGCCACUGGUGUGAAUGUCUCUGACAAAACGAUCAGAAACAGACUUCAUGAGGGUGGCCUGAGGGCCCAAUGUCCUCUAGUGGGCCCUUUCCUGCUUCUGAUCUUCUCCUGUUUGAGGAAGGCAGCGUGGGACUACGGCCGCCUGGCUCUGCUUAUGGAAAAUGACAGCUUGACAUCACUAUUCUAUGGAGAACAAAGUGAGAAAGAGAAAACCCCGUCAGAAUCCAGCCCAUCAGACUCAGAGACCAAGGACAUGGGCUUCUGUUCCUGGCUCACAUCUCUGUACCACAUGAAGGAUGAAGAGAUCCGCAGUAAAUGUGGCAUUGAUGCGAUCACGUACCUGUCUUUCCAGCGUCACAUCAUCCUGCUCAUGAUGGUGGUGUGUUUGCUGUCGCUCACCAUCAUCUUGCCUGUCAACCUCUCUGGGAACCUCCUCGGAGAUAGCCCACAGAAUUUCGGCCGAACAACAGUGGUUAAUGUCCCCGCACAGAAUAUAUUUCUGUGGCUGCACAGCAUCUUUGCUCUGCUGUAUUUUGUGAUCACAGUACUGUGCAUGGCCCAUCAUUCCUCACGACUGGAGUACAGAGAUGAUGAGAAGGUGGUCAGAACUCUAAUGAUAACUUCAAUUCCCAGAGAAAUCUCUGAUCCCGGCCUGAUCACCAAACACCUGCAUGAAGCCUACCCUAGCUGCACCGUCACUGAUAUCCGGUUCUGCUUUGAUGUACAAAAACUAAUGAAGCUGGACUCAGAAAGGCGAAAAGCAAUGAAAGGAAGGCUGUACUUCACAACCAAAGCUCAGAAGGAAGGCAGGAUCAUGAUAAAGACUCACCCUUGUGCACAGAUCUUCUGCUGUGAUUUAUGUGGCUUUGAACAGGUGGAUGCAGAGCAGUAUUACAGUGAACUGGAGGAGAAACUGACAGAUGAGUUUAAUGCAGAGAAGAACCGUAUCUCUAUGAAGAGGCUGGGCAUUGCCUUUGUUACCUUCAGAGAUGAGAGAAUGACUGCCGUUAUUGUGAAAGACUACAGCCGAGCUCGCUGCCGCCACAGACCCCAGCAGUCCAGCAUUACCACAGUGGUGCGGUCCCAUCAGUGGGGCGUUUCUUACGCCCCGGCCCCUAAUGACAUCAUCUGGGAAAAUCUGUCAGUGUGCGGUUCUCGCUGGUGGCUCCGCUGCGUCCUGCUCAACAUUCUGCUCUUCCUCUUGCUCUUCUUUCUCACAACCCCUGCUAUCAUCGUAAACACUAUGGACAAGUUCAACGUCACUCGGCCGGUUGAAAGCUUAAGGAACCCAGUAAUUACCCAGUUCUUCCCCACCCUGCUCCUGUGGGCCUUUUCCAUUCUCCUGCCCUUCAUUGUGUACUAUUCAUCUUUUUUUGAGUACCACUGGACCAGGUCCGGUGAGAAUCAGGUCACCAUGCAUAAAUGCUUUUUACUGCUUGUCUUCAUGGUAAUCAUUCUACCAUCACUGGGUCUAUCCAGCCUGGAUUUGUUCUUCAGGUGGCUCUUUGACAUCCACUUCCUGGAUGAAACAGAUGUAAAGUUUCAAUGUGUGUUUUUGCCUGAUAAUGGAGCUUUUUUUGUGAACUACGUGAUCACGUCCAGUCUGAUCGGAACGGCUAUGGAGCUUCUGCGUAUUCCUGCUCUUCUGGUGUACUCUCUACGCCUUUGCUUUGCCAAAUCUAAAGCUGAACGCAUACAUGUUAAAAGAGUGAGUGAGUCCGUAAUUCAUGUAAAAAACAAGUUUUUUUUGUUUUGGAAAUUGCAGUCAAGACUGAGGUCUUGUCUAAGUACAUAUAACAAAAAAACAUUUCCAGAACCAGACCCAAACCAAGAGACUAGUAAUGAGACCCAGACCCAGACCAAGGCCAUGUUUAUGUGCAAAACCUUGUGGUUUAUCUCUUGUGCAGGUCCAGUGCAGCCCAUCAGUCUGUUCACUUUCAUAACUCUCUUGUGCUGUAUUGCCUUCUCCUGCUUUGGCUUCUGUCUGAAAAAACUACGACCUGACAGAUCAACAAGCUAUCAGAUGUCCGAUCAGACGACAGAAGGAGGCUUCACCGAUGCGGAAAGAAGCACCGUUUCCACCACAACCACAGCUAAUCUUUUUAUAGCCUCUGUCUUGCUGGAGCCAGAGCUGGGCCUGACUCCCAUGCCCUCUCCGGCCCACCAGAGCUACGGCACCAUGGGGAACAACCAGAGUUCAGUGCAUGACGCCGAAGGGGUGGAGGAGAAGAAUCUGGAGGAAACUUUGGAGACUGAACUCAAGGAUGAGCCAAAUCCCAGCUGCCCGAGCCCUCUCAUGGACAGUCCUGUGGGUUUCCCGUGACCAACCUGCCCCCGAUUCCCACUCCCUAACGCUCAAGCCCCAUGCCUCAUCUUAGCUAGUGGCUGAUAAAGAGGCACUAUGCUGCAAAAUGUUUCCUCUACAACAUCCAUUUACGAGUAAAAGACAACAAAUUGCAGACAUCCAAGCAUACUGCUUCAAAAAGCUUGUUGGGAAUUCACUGACAUGGCGGUUUUAGUUCUGAGGACUUUGAUGAGCUUUCAAGGAAGCAUCUGAAGUGGAUAAAAGCAAAGAUCUGUCAAAGAACGAGACCAGCCACUUCUCUUGCUCGGACUACACUUUCUACUUUCUUCUGUGUUUUUCUUUUCUCUCUAAUGACGUUAAUGGGUGUCUGGUGGGUUGGUUGACUGAGGCUUGGAACAUUGUAUUUCAACAGAUGUUUCGAUUUACUUUUUUUUAUGCAUAGUCACAUUGUAUGGCUCCAAAGAUUUGAGACAUCGAAAUCUUAUUCGCUUAUUAUUAAUCCUUUUGCUGUUGUUGCAGUUUGUGCUUAUUAUUGUUAUUUUUAUUCAGUACUUGUAUUUUAGCAAUGGUACGUAAUUGUGCAACAUUAUGCUGAGAGCGCAUUGUUUUCAUGUGUUUACUAUUAUUAGAUUAUUAUUACUGUUAUUAACACCCUCAACCUUUAUUGCCGUGUGCACCAGAGUCAAUCACUCCCAUUUAUUAUUUGUUUUGCAGUGACAAUAGCAGUUGUGUUGUGCAUAUACUGCAGUCAAUUGGCACUACAGUAGAUUUCAAAGUCAAUGAGGCACUCAUUCCAUAAUUUUUUAUUUAUUUUUUCCUUUCCUGUGAAAUUCAAUCAGUUGUUUGGUCUGUGGGAGAGAUGUGAGGACAUUCGAAAGUGAGCUUUUCACGGACUAAUAUACAGUCUAGUUUAGCAGACUUCACUUAAUGAACUGAAAAAAAUAUCUGCAAAAACAAUCAGUUUGUAGGAAAAAGACAACAAACAGAGAUGUUAAAGGAAUAAUCGAAAAGACUUCAGCUUUGUUGGCAUAAAUUUAACUCGCUUAGUUUCUACAGUAACACACUUAUAAUAUGGUCUAUGGAGCAUUACAGAAGGAUUAAAGCUCGAAAAACCAUUUAUAUUAAUGCUCCAGGCAAAUAAAUAACCACUGACUUCUAAAAUUAAACAUUGUCUUUUUUGGCCAACAAAUUAUGUAAUUCAUAUGUUCAGAUUCACUUAAGUCAUUGAGUUCAUACCUUCCUACUUCAGCAUUUAAUACCAGUUAUUAUAAACUAUGAGUUACAUAAACUAUGAUCUGUUUUAAUAGUUGUAUUUAGUCAAAUUUGUUUCAGUUGUAUGUUAUUUGUGCCAUAAACAUUACGCUUUGUAAAAAUGACUCGCGGUUCAGUGAGGGAGUCAGUUGGUAGAGGGAGUCAACUUGGUAGCGGCUCAGAACAAUUUCCUGACUGAUUCAAAUAGUAAUUCAUGAGCGAACUCGAGGCUGUUACGUGAAUCUUUUUGACUUAAAGAACCGAUUCGCAAGAGUCAUUUUGUUACGAAUCGGUCAUCCCGCUCUUUGUUCCUUAGAGCGCGCGUUCUAAGGAUUGUCUGACAAAACCACAUUUGAGCGUGAAGUCUUUCACAGCUUGUUUUUACAUUGUUGUUGCGCAUUUUAGUCACCGUCUAGAGCCCUGUGUAUUAAUAUAAAAGUGUUUUAUUUGAACUGUAAGUUAUUUUAGGUUUACAUCAUCCAAAAGACGAAAAAUUCAGAUCUAAAUUUGAUCAGACAAGGUAAGCGGUUUUUCAUGAUAUAUUUACAUUUCGUGGUUCUAGAAUUGAAACAUGUAUUUUAGCAUCUAUUCUGGUCCAACUGACCAAGCCCAUAGACUUUUAUUGUAUGUUUAUUACUAUAAAUACAAUUUGUGUUUGUUUUUACAAAUUAAGGGAUGAGUUGAAGUUGCUGAUGGAGCUUGUAUUAAAAUCAGAACAUUCCUUUAGGAAUCAUGAAAUCCAUGAAAUAUGUUCGUAAAAUGAUUUACAGGAAGUGUUACGACACAAACUGAAAAUGGCACAUUGGCUGAUCCUAUACACAAGUCUUCAAUUCCAGAGUCUCCAACUGCAUGUUGUUUAACUCUGUCACAUGCUCAAACCAGCCUGCAGCUGUCUUUAGAUCCGUCAAGUGUUGCUCUGGCUUCUGUAACACUUUAAUUUUCUUAGUAAAUUUUGUAUUCUUGGUCUUUGCUGCUAGUGGUUCUAGGACUGGAAGGGAAGGGGUGGGUGGACUCGGGUUUUCUUGCCAAACUGAAUGUAAAUGAGUUGUGAUUUGUACCGUGCUCUCUUGCUGUGCCUUGAAGAAACAGAUCUUAAGAAGUAAACAGAAAAAAAUGUUAUGUCUGACAAUCCAGCAUGGCCUGCAAUAUGCUGCAUGGACUACAGAGCAAGAUAAGACAAAGAAGCUAAAUUCUAAAGCGCAUUCCACCAAUGAAUCAAUCAGGUGAGAGAUUCCUAACAAGUUGUAAACUGACUUUGCCUCGAAACAUAUUCUGUGCAAGUACAUAAAUGAUUCGAGCUAAGUUGUUGAUUUUGAUUUCUGAAAUGUGUCAGACUGUUGCAUUGCAUGUUGUCUUCUACAGUCAUUUUUACUCUUUCAGGUCAACUACUGUCAUGGCAAAGCAGCAGUUUGAGCAAGUUAAUUGCUAGCACGCUAAACAUAUUCAACAAGGCAAAUGCAUUGACCAAAUAUUUGCGUCUGCAUACUUGUGGAAAAGUAUGUUUCUGGCCAUACUGUUCAACAGUAAACAGUUGCAUUCCAAUCGCAUCGAAUUCACACUACAGGUGCAUCUCAAUUAAUUAGAAUG